GUGGGAGCCAAUCGGAAAAAGAAUACGGAGCAUGAGAGCAUAAAAUAGCCACUUUCGAUAUGCCGUUUAAAAAAGGCUCUAAAAUAGUACAUCCAUCUAUCCAUCUCCCCAAUACGCCACCUUCUUCGUCCUUCUCUAUUUUUUUCCCCUCUGUGGUGCAUAAUAAUAAUAAUAAUAAUAAUAAUAAUCUGCAAAAAAGUGCAGAAAACCCCUUCCCCGAAACGAAUCUUCCUUACCCAUUUCCCAGUGCAGAAACCAAUCUUGAAACCGAGUUUUCUUAAAGCUCUAAUCUUGAAACUGAGAUUCUCUUAAAGCUCUCAUCUUUACCUUACAAUGGUUCACUACCAGAGAAAUUUAAAGAAAGGGGUUUGUUAUGGUGAGCUUGAAGAUGAAGAAUCACCUCAUCGUCUUGGUUUGGUGUGUGCAAAAAUAAGUUAUUAUUAUAACAUGAAGAGAGCAAAGCCGAAGUUUCUGUAUCUCAUCUUUCUUUCUCUCAUUUCUUGCUGCUUUAUUGUAGCUCCCCAGAUCCUGAGUAAUUCCGUCUCCCUCUUUCCUUCUCUCUUCCUUUCUUCCUCUUCUUCUUCUUCUUCUUCCCUUUUUCUUGUCUUCUGAUUUUAAAUCCCUGUCGUUGUAGACUCGUUUGGAUUUGAGGGUGAAGUGCUUGCUCAUGGAACCGAUUCCAACGCUCCCUUGUGUUCUUCUGUCUCCAAUGGGACAAUGUGCUGUGAUAGAAGUAGCUUCAGGUCAGAUGUAUGUGUUAUGAAAGGGGACAUAAGAACAGAUUUUUCUUCAUCAAGGAUUACCCUUUACACAACCAAGGGUAUCAAUGAGGCGAUUUCUCAUGAAAAGAUCAAACCUUACACAAGAAAAUGGGAAACAAGUGUGAUGGACACCAUUGAUGAACUAGACCUUGUUAUCAAGAAUCAUAAACAUCACCAUCGUCACAGGAGGUGUGAUGUUCAUCACACUGUGCCUGCAGUUUUCUUUUCCACGGGAGGGUAUACUGGUAAUCUUUACCAUGAAUUCAAUGAUGGAAUACUUCCACUCUUCAUCACUUCUCAACAUUUCAACAAGAGAGUCGUCUUCGUUAUCCUCGAGUAUCAUAACUGGUGGAUCACCAAGUAUGGCAACAUUCUCUCGCAGCUCUCGGACUAUCCAGCCCUCGAUUUUCGAGGAGAUAACCAAACACAUUGCUUUCCGGAAGUCAUCGUUGGUUUAAGAAUCCAUGAUGAGCUAUCCAUUGAUUCUUCAUUGAUGGAUGGUAACAAGAACAUCAUGGAUUUCCGGAAGCUUAUAGACCGAGCGUACUGGCCUCGGAUACAGGGUCUAAUGAUGGACGAGGAACGUGAAGCUAGAAGUAAAAUGGGCAAUCCUGCAUUUUCGCCCUUGCCAAAUGUCUUCUACGGGAUGGCACCGAAGUUGGUGAUAGUAUCUAGAAACGGGUCAAGAACACUAAUGAAUGAGGAGUUGUUGAUUAAAAUGGGUGAAGAAAUCGGGUUUCGGGUCGAAGUCUUGAGACCAGCUAAGACGACUGAGCUUGCAAAAGUCUAUAGGCUUCUUAACUCAAGUGAUGUUAUGGUUGGAGUACAUGGGGCUGCAAUGACUCAUUUGCUCUUCUUGAAGCCUAAAUCUGUCUUUAUACAAAUAAUUCCUUUGGGAACAGAUUGGGCAGCAGAGACUUACUAUGGGGAACCAGCAAAGAAAAUGGGGUUAAAGUACAUUGGGUACAAAAUCCUUCCUAAAGAGAGUUCCUUAUAUGAUGAAUAUGACGAGAAUGACCCUGUACUCAAGGACCCUGAUAGUGUGAACAGUAAGGGUUGGGAAAUAACUAAAAAGAUAUACCUUGAUCACCAAAAUGUGAGGUUACACCUUGGGAGAUUUCGAAAGAGACUUCUUUAUGGCUAUUAUCAUUCCAUUGCCAUGAGGAAAGGAGGGCCAUUUGGUCUUCAUCAAAGCCAAUAAUUCAUGUGAUCUGAAAAGUGCUAGUCAGACCUGUCCUUGAAGAAUAUGUAUAUGGCCCAUGAAAGGUGUAAAACACUUGAAACCUGUGUUGUAGAGAUCAGAUGAAAUGCUCUUCUAUUUUUUUAUUUUGUUAUAAUGUUAUGGUUGGGGUAAAAGUGGUAAACGUUAAAAAUACUAAUGGACCAAAAAGUAUGUGCAACAGUUAAUAGCC